CACAGUGCAGGGCAUGCGCAGAAGUGCAGAGUGAGGACAAACCAGUAGAAGCUGCGGAAGAGAACUUAAUAUAGCGUUUCUUUAAUUUUACUUUGGUGGCUAUCUUCAACAAUACAUUUAUUUAUCACUGGUCUAGCGUCAGAUAUGGCCCGUGGGCACCAGAAGUUCCAGUCCCAGCAGAAGAAUGCCAAAAAGCAGGCAGACAUCAAGAAGAGUAAAGGCCAUGACCAGAAGGCAGCAGCAAAGGCUGCUUUAGUAUACACCUGCACCGUGUGUCGGACACAGAUGCCCGACCCAAAGACCUUCAAGCAGCACUUUGAAAGCAAACAUCCAAAGGCCCCAAUGCCCCCGGAGCUGGUUGGUGUGGAGGCGUAAUAGAUUGAUCUCUCUUAAAGUAAGACAGUUGUGGUUGAUUCCGGACAGGCUUCUACAUUUUGCAAUGUUUUAGAUAAAAUAUCUUCAGUCCAACUUCAAUUAUUCCCCUAUGCUGCCUAAUUUAGAUAUGGUGUAUGCGUGUUUUAUGCAGGUGUGUGACUGGCCCAAGGUCUUAUUUCCAAAUUGGAGUUUUUAUAAAACUAUCCUUAACAUGCCAGAAUUUGGCCGAGGGCCAGUAGUGAAGGUAGACACACUGCAGAUAGCUACCCUCUUUUUGGCCUGUGCCAAAAAUGUAUAUGUUUUUAUCUCCGAUUGUAUGCAAUAUUUCUAUCUGAUCAUUUCAAAAUGUUAUGCUGACAAGACUAGCUUGUCCGUGGGCUCUACCACCAUUACACCACCUCAGGGCUCCUACAGUUUCAGGACAAGCUUUGAAUUCAGAAGAAAAUGUGAACUUGGCACUGGCUCAGCUGAACAAAGUCAUAAUACUGAGAUGAUAAUUGGAAGUCAUCUGCAUCCAAAGCCAAUGUACUGUGAAACCCGUUAUGGAUUUUGGCUGAAUCUGAUUUGUGAUGUGCCAGUAUUGGGCUCGUAAAUCUAGUUUAUUCAGAAUAGUUUUGGAGUUCACAGUGUGCUUGGAAAGACACUUAUUCAAAACCAUUACUAAUGCUUUUUUUUUUUUUUUUUUUUUUUUUUAGUAGAUUCAGAUUUACUUCCAGUCUGCACUGAUCUUUUUUCCCGUGCUUGGGUAAUUUUUUAAAUUUCAUAACAAGUCUAUCAUUUUUGUUGAUAUGAAGAAUAUAUUAAACACACUGUGCUACAUGGGCGCUGAAAUUGUGUGUUGCAUUGCCUCAGAUCCUCAUGAAAUGUGUCUAGUUCAUGUCCAAUGUUAAACUUUCUCAUGUGCAACAGAGUUGUAAAAGUCGACCAGAGAGGGCACUGCAAGUCUGCACACAGCAAACCCUUCCAUGACACAAUUUCCUCGACUCAUAUGACUGCAUAAAACAUUUAUAUUAUCAUUCACCCUGUUAGACGUGGUCUGUUGACUGAAUUGGGGUGAAGAUAAAGGUUUGCACUGGAUGUUUUAAAUGAUAACGCAUUGAGCUUCUCCUGUUCUCCCAGUUUGUCAUUGUAAUAAGUAUGUGGCAUAAUUGUGUGCACCGCCUUAGUGUUUGAUGAUGAUUUAGUUCAUCACUUUUGUAUUUUGCAGUGUAACGUGUCUCACACUGUCAUCUCAAAGGCAUAUGUGAAAACAAUCCCAAGUACAGUCUCACACUGUUUUGUGUUAUCCCAUCCCGAUGGUGCAAAAGUAUUUCAACUCUUGCCCUGCAUUAAAAUUAUAAUUAAUUUAUAGAAAGGAACUAUUUUCAAAACAUUUAGACCUACUGUUCAUUAACCACUGACAUUGUAUCACUGUGCUAAAGUCUGGACUGACUACCAGGCAUGUUUUUACUUUUGUAAUAAUCAUAUCUUUGUCCACACAAUGUUAUGUAUCCCCUUUUAAUAAAGGUGUUACUUUUAUAUGAA